AAUGGCGCCCGUCAGGGAAGAGCGGAGGAGAGUCUGAGAUAUUGACUGCCUGUUGUGGAUACAUCGGCACCAGUUCGGCAGGGCAGCCUGUCAGAAUUGUGACAAUACCCGUCAUAUUUUACGCCCAUCGAGUUAUUUUCGUUGGUUGAAAGUGUGUGGCUCAAGAUUUAGACUCGAUGUAUCCGUCAUGGGGUCGGUACGGUGGGGGAGGGGCGCACCUUCCCUACUAUGGCGGGGCUGCUCAGCCUCCGCUGCUUCCUGCGCCGCGUGUACCGGCCCCGGGGCUGGUCGUUGGCCCCACCACCGUCCCCCCGCCGGUCCCCAGCGCCGGUUUAGCGUCUAACUUCCAGACACUCAGGCAGCAGCAUCUCCAGCAGAUGCAGCAGCUGCAGCAGAUGCACCAGCAGCAGUUGCAGUCGGUCCUGCAGCACCCUGCCCAUCAGCAUCAACCACCACCGUCAAUACCACCACCACCUUUACCGCCUCAUCUUCAACAACCUCCACCGAACAUUUGGGACACCAACAAUGCCCCGAGCCAACUCACCCAGACUAACCAAUCCACUCAGCAACAUCCAGACUUCUCCUCCGUGGCUUUACAGUCAACGUCAGCGAGCACUGUGACAGCGUCUGGUGACAAAAAGGCUAACGAUUUCUCCAAAGCAAUAAAUGGCUCUUAUCAACAGCAGCAGCAACAAUAUUGGUAUCAACAGCAUCUGCAGAACUUACAGAAGCAUGGAGGCAAACAGUAUGGAGGUCAGCAGGAACAGAGCCAGAGUGCAGAACUGAAUCAGGUCAGUGAUUCUGCACAGCAGAAACCUGGAGAGGUCAAGAGCUGUUAUACUACACAGCCACCAUUGCCACCAGCUCCACCGUAUGAGGCAUCCAAAACACAGCCACCACCACCACCUCCCAAAGAAGAAAUGCCUCCACCUCCACCACCUGAAGAAGCAAAGCCUACUAUCCAACCUCCAGAAAAUCCAGAGGAAGCGGAGAGGUUGAAAAUGCUGCAGGCAGCAGCCGCUCAGUGGCAGCAACAGCGCAUCGAGUAUCAGCAGCAAAACAUGAUGCAACAACAUAAUCAGCUGCAACAACUGCUGCAACAGUACCAGCAGCUAAUGCAGCAAAUCCAGCACAUACAGUCUCUGCCUCUGGAAAUGCAGCUGAGACAUUUAGAGAUGCAGCAGCAGCAGUUCAUCCCUCUGUAUCAAGAAUGGCAGCGACAGUUCCAGAUUUGGAAGGCUCAGCUACAGGCCUAUCCUAACAAGGAUCAACUCCAACAGUAUGAAACACAGUGGAACCAGUGGCAAGAGCAAAUGGUAUCAACGAACCAUCACUUUCAAGAAAGAAUGGAUGCUCUCAGAAAUGUUCAACAGCAGUACAUGAACAAUCAAUCCCAGAAUUACUUGGGAAAUACAUCAAGAGGAUUGCCAUCUCAAACUCUACCGAUGCCUCCAGUGCCACCCAUGGGAAUGCCCCCUACACCACCAUUAACUGGUUCUUCUACACAAGGAGCAACAAGUUCACCUGUAGUCUCUGUUUCCUCAGAAGAGAAAAGUCCACCAAUUUCCCAAGGUUCUUCAUCUGUGUCUCAGGCCCCUCCACUGGUGUCUCAGGCCCCUUCGUUGGUGUCUCAAGCCCCUCCUCCCAUGUCUCAGGCUCCUCCUCCCAUUUCUCAAGCCCCUCCACUAGUGACUCAGGUCCCUCCACCAGCAACUCGGAUGCCUCUGCCAAUGGCUGGAAUCCCUCCACUAAUGUCAGGAGCACCACCCCCAAUGACUCUGCCGCCUCCAUUAAUGGCACUGCCGCCUCCACCAAUGACUCUGCCACCUCCACCGGUGUCUCUGGCCCCUCCACCAAUGACUCUAGCACCACCGCCGAUUUCUCAAGCCCCACCACCAGUAUCUCAGGUCCCUCUGCCAAUGACUCAGACUCUUCCGCUGGUGUCCCAGGCUCCUCCACCGAUGACUCGGGCCCCUCCAUCAGUGACUCAGACCACUUCACCAGUUUCACAGGGUCCUACCCUAUUAUCUCAAAGUUCACCUGCUGUCACAGAACAGAAGAGACCCUUGAUUCCAAUACCACAUGAUGAAGUAAAGGUGUCUCCUUCAGUUUCAACUCCACACUAUAGUCGAUUUGGGCAAUAUGGGAUAAAGCCACCGGAACAGUCACAAAGUGGACUGCGGUUUGAAGACCUUGGAGCUCCAAGGUUUGAUGGAUCCCGUGGAAGAGGAAAACACAAAUUUGAUGAACCAGGAGUAAGAGAAAUUUCUCGGUCACGCUUUGAUUCAAGAGGUCCUAGAUUUCAAGGUCAUUGCUUUGAGGGACCCCAAGCAAAAUUUGAAGAGCAGACUGUGGGCCAGCAUGUUGACGGUGAGGGUGCUGGGCAGCACAUUGAGAAAGAGGCUUCAGCUCAUCAUGUUGAGGGCGAAAUUAGAGGUCACAAUGUUGAAGAUUCAGUUCGGCGGCCGCAGGAUGAGGAAAAAGCUCCAGGUCAUCAACGUGAAGAUAAGUCAUUGAGUCAGCUUCCAGAAAAUGAAUUUAAAAUGCAGAAUCCAAGCAGUUGCCUUGAAAAACAAGCUUUGCUUAACCGUCCUGAGGAGCAGGGUUCUGGAAAUCAACUUGAGAAGGCAGAUAACACCAAGGAGCAGGUUCCUGACAAAAAGCAGGAUAAUCUCCUUCAGAAGAAGGGAAAUUCCCUUGAGGCACAGUGCCAAGAAAAGCAGAGUCCUGGUAAUCAACUUGAGAAGAAGGGUAAUAGCUUUGAGAGUCAAGGUCCCGAUCGUUGCUUUGAAAUGCAGGGUGCAGGUAAUCGCAUUGAAAGCCAAGGUCCUGGUAUCCACUUUGAGACCCAGGGGCCUGGCAAGAGCAUUGAAGGCCAGAAUUCGAGCAACCAAUUUGAAGGGCAAGUUCCUGGCAAUAGCAUUAAGAGCGAGAGUCCCAGCAGUCAUCUUGAGGGUCCAGGUCCUGGCAAUCGUCCUGAGAGUUCAGUUCCCAGCAUUAGCUCUGAGGGCCAUGGUCCCGGCCAUCGCUUUAAGGGGCAAGGGCCCGGGGGUCGCUUUAAAGGCCAUGGACCUGGCAAUCGUGUCGAUGGCCAGGGGCCUUAUGGUCACUAUGAGGGCCAGGGGAGCCGCUUUGAGGGCCCGAGUUCAAGCAGCCAUUUUGAUAGCCAGGGUCCGGGUGGUCAUUUUAAGGGCCCAGGUCCGAGCAGCAGCUUUGAGGGCCAGGGUCCAGGUGGCCGCUUUGAAGGUCCAGGUCAGGGCGGAUGUUUUGAGGGCCAGGGUCCGAGAGGCCAUUUUGAGGGCCAGGGUCCGAGAGGCCAUUUUGAGGGCCAGGGUCAGAGAGGCCAUUUUGAGGGCCAGGGUCAAAGGGGCAAUUUUGAGGGCCAGGGUCCAGGCAGCCGUUUUGAAGGUCCAGGUGGCCAUUUUGAGGGCCAGGGUCCAAGGGGUCAUUUUGAGGGCCAGGAUCCGGGAGGCCGCUUUGACGGUCCAGGAGGCCGUUUUGACGGUCCGGGAGGUCGCUUUGAAGGCCCAACAGGUCACUUCGAGGGCCCAGGUCCGGGAGGUCGCUUCGAGAGCCCGGGUCCGGGAGGUCGCUUCGAGGGCUCGGGUCCGGGAGGUCGCUUCGAGGGCCCGGGUCCGGGAGGUCGCUUCGAGGGCCCGGGUCCGGGAGGUCGCUUCGAGGGCCCGGGUCCGGGAGGUCGCUUCGAGGGCCCGGGUCCGGGAGGUCGCUUCGAGGGCCCGGGUCCGGGAGGUCGCUUCGAGGGCCCGGGUCCGGGAGGUCGCUUCGAGGGCCCGGGUCCGGGAGGUCGCUUCGAGGGCCCGGGUCCGGGAGGUCGCUUCGAGGGCCCGGGUCCGGGAGGUCGCUUCGAGGGCCCGGGUCCGGGAGGUCGCUUCGAGGGCCCGGGUCCGGGAGAUCACUUCGAGGGCCCGGGUCCCAGUGGGCACUAUGAAGGCCAUGGUCCAGGAGGUCACUAUGAAAGCCAUGGUCCUGGAGGCCACUUUGACGGACCAGGUGAUGGCAGCCACUUUGAAGGCCAGGGUCAGGAAGGUCGCUUUGAGAGUCAAGGGCGUGGCAGCCGUUUUGAGAGCCAAGGACGCAGUGGCCGCUUUGAGGGCCGGGGCCAGGGAGGCCGCUUUGAGGGCCGGGGCCAGGGAGGCCGCUUUGAGGGCCAAGGACGAGGAGGCCGCUUUGAGGGCCAAGGGCGAGGAGGCCGCUUUGACGGCCAGGGACGUGGUGGACGCUUUGAGGGCCAAGGGCGAGGCGGCCGCUUUGAUGGCCAAGGUCGAGGAGGCCGCUUUGAAGGCCAAGGGCGAGGUGGCCGCUUUGAGAACCAGGGACGUGGUGGGCGCUUUGAGGGCCAGGGACGUGGUGGUCGUUUCAAGAAUCAGGGGCGCGGCGGUCGUUUUGAUGGCCAGGGUCCAGUCAGUAGAUUUGAGGACCAGGGAUCUGUCAGUCGAUUCGAGGACCAGGGUCCCAGUGGUCGCUUUGGAGGCCAAGGUCCAGGUAAAUAUAUUGAGGAUCAGGGCCCUGAUAACUGCUUUGAGAAUCGAGUUUACUUGGAAGGACAAGGCCCAGGUAAUCGCUUUGAGAACCAGGGUUCAGGAAUUAAUCGGUUUGAUGGUCCAGAGGAUAGUCGCUUUGAUGGCCCAAGAGGUGGAUGCUUUGAUGGCCCAGGGGGCAAUUUCUUUGAGGGCCCUGGAGUUGGGCAUUUUGAGGGCCCAGGGGGCAGUCGCUUUGAGGGGCAGAGUAAAGGCAGUCGCUUUGAGAAACAAGGCCCAGGGCAUCGUUUUGAGGGUCAGGGUUCGGGGCCACACUUUGAGGGACUAGGUGCAGGUCAGCGAUUUGAUAGACAGGUUCCAGGACAGCGAUUUGAGGGUCCUGGACAGCGGGUUGAGGGUUCAGCUGGAAGAUUUCAAGGUUCUGGACCACGGUUUGAUGGACCAAAGGGACCAAGAUUUAGUGGUCCUCAUGUGUCUUCUCCCAGUGGACCCUCUGCACCUAACUCAAGAUCUAAAGGUCCUCAAGUUGCAGCUGGGCAAAUUGGACAAGGUUUAAAAGGACUCCAAUCUUCUCAGCCAUCUUUAGAGCAAGUUCAGGAACAGGUAAAACCUGUUGGAGAUAAGAAGUUGGAGACUACAGAAGAAGAGAAGGAUGUAAAACAAAACAUAGAUACUGUACCACAUGCUUCAGUGGAGCCAGUAGAUGAAAAAAGUCCAGCCCACACAACCUUUGCUGCCACAGACUCUAAAGGUUCAGAUUCUUCAGCUGGUAAAGAUUUGUUGAAAAAAAAUGCUGAUUUAUCUAAAUCACACGAAAUUCAGAAGAAAAUGGAUAGUUCUGAAGCAGCGACUCCUUCAGUAACUGUUGCUCAGGUCCAAAAAGAUCCAGCUAAAAUGCUGCCUUCAAAUUCAUCAGCUACCACAAAGGCAACAUCUGAAAAACAUGAGCCAAAAACUGUAGAAACAGGUAAAAGAUUUGACUCUACACCAAUGCGUCGGAAUAAUGACAGAGAAAAAGGCCCAGAACACAGGGCACAGAUUGGCAAGGAUUACAUCUCCAUGCGCAAGGGGGAUGGUCCCAGUAACGUUGAUGGUCCAGAGAUGAGACCAUAUCAAAGGACAGAAGUGCAAACAUCUUGGCAUCAUGAAGAAGGGAGACAGAUGGAUGAUCGUUUCUCUGGACCUAGAGGAGGUCCAGGUUAUGAUAGAGAGAGAGCUCUGUCCUGGGAAAGGAAUAAUUGGACAGACACAGGCCCAGACUUCUGGGAUGAACGAGAUCCAUUUAGGAGAGAUGAACGGUCACUUCGUCGGCCCCCUGUGCCUCAGGAAGCUUUAAAUAGAAGGGAAAAUCGUGGUCCUCCAAAUGAAGCUUUUGACAGAGGGUUUGACCAAGAGUUUGACAGGAGUGGAAGGUCACAUGACCAUGGCUUUAACAGAGACAAUGAACGCAACAGAGAAUACUUCCACAGACCAGAAGAAUGGGAACAUCAUGGUCGUGGACGAGAAUUCUCUCCUUUACAUCUGCGACCAGACAGGUGGAGAGAAGAGCAGUGGAGGAAUGAACCUGAAAGAGGUUAUCAACAAGAGCAAGAACGGGAGUUGUGGGGGCGGGACUAUCCAGAAAGGCAAGACUGGAGGAGAGAUGAACGAAAUUAUCCUCCAGACAGGCUUGGCUGGCAGAGGGAUCGGAUUGAUGACCGAAGGUAUCCAGAAGCAGACAACAGGAGGUUACCCUUUGACAAUUUGCGUGAAAUGCCACCUCAGACAGGUCCUGGGCAUGUGUCCACUUUACCUGAAGAACCACCGCUGCCUUUCUCUGACAAACCUAUGGUGGACCAACCACCAGGUGGACAAAAUAUUGUAGCAUUGUCUGAACGAGAACAUGAAAUCAUAUUGAAGGCUGCACAGGAGCUGAAGUUAUUGCGUGAGUUACAGGAGAUUGAAAGAGUACCUCUACUUCCUGGCAAAACAGAUUCAGCUGGAAUUCCUCCAGUAAUUCAAGAUUAUCAAAGCUCUAAAACUGGUAAAGACUUUUACAAGGAUAUGGCAAGCACUGAAAACUCAUUACUUGGCCCCGGACCACCUGAUGCCCCCAUCCAGUCAGAGCGUUGGGACACAGACACAUUCCAUGGUUUGUGGGAUUCUGUGUCUGAACCCAAAAAUUCUGAUUCUAAUUAUGGUUACAGUGAGCCUUCGCCAAUCUCAACCGCUUCUCUGAAUAAGGCACCACCAAUUCAGAAAACUGUUGAUUAUGGACAUGGACGUGAUUCAGGACCAGGAAGGAUUGAGCAGAUCCCCUAUGGAGAACGAGUUUCGCUUGGUCCUGAGCCAAUACGGGAAAGGAUGUAUGAUAAAGAUGUAAUGGGCCCUCGAGAUCGUUACGGAGACAGAGAUCCGUUUUUAGAACGAAGGGGAGAUCCAUAUUUGGAUCGCAGAGAUUUUGAUAGAGAGCAUGAUCCAUACAGAGAUAGAUCGAUGGGCGAUUUUGAGAGGGAAGGAUUUGAGCGUGAAAGAUUUGGGCGUGAAGAAAGAAUGUCUCAUGGUCCACCUGGUAGGUCAAGUGGAUAUCACAACUAUCAGGAUAAUAAAGACCCUUUCAACAGAGGGGGAUUUGACAGGCCACAGUUUGAUCGCUUAUCCGAUCGACCACCAUUUGAUCAUACACCUACUGGUUUUGGAGGUGAAAGGAGAGGAUAUUCUGAUGAGAGGAUACCUGCUUCUGCCCCUCAUCCAGCACAUCCUCCUCCACGUGUUGAAAAGAAACCAGAAAGUAAAAAUGUUGACGAUAUUUUAAAAAUGCCAGGCAGACAAAGCCGGCCUGAUAGGAUUGUAGUUAUUAUGCGAGGACUCCCUGGCAGUGGGAAGACACAUGUUGCAAAACUCAUUCGUGAUAAAGAGGUGGAUAAUGGAGGAGCUGCACCACGGGUUCUCAGCUUGGAUGAUUACUUCAUGACUGAAGUAGAGAAAGUGGUGAAGGACCCAGACAGUGGCAAACGAGUUAAAAAGAAGGUCUUGGAGUAUGAAUAUGAGCCAGAAAUGGAGGAUACAUACAGAAGCAGCAUGUUCAAAACAUUCCGUAAAACGCUGGAUGAUGGCUUUUUCCCCUUCAUCAUUGUGGAUGCCAUUAACAACAGAGUCAAACAUUUUGAACAGUUAUGGAGUGCAGCCAAGACUAAAGGCUUUGAGGUUUAUAUUGCAGAAAUGAGUGCAGAUAAUCAGACCUGUGCCAAGAGAAACAUUCAUGGACGCAAAUUGAAGGAAAUUAAUAAGAUGGCUGAUCAUUGGGAUUCAACUCCACGCCAUAUGUUACGUUUAGACAUUAGAUCGCUGCUCCAAGAUGCUGCAAUUGAAGAAGUUGAAAUGGAGGAUUUUGAUCCCAGUGCUGAGCAACAACUACAGCAGUCAGAAGAACAGCAACAAGAUGAAUCUAAGAAGGAAGCUGCUGAUGAAGAGGAAUAUGAAACGGGUUUCGUGACAAAAAGCAAAUGGGAAAUGGACACAUCAGAAGAGAAUUUAGACAAGCUGGAUGGGUUGAGGAGCAGCAACAAACGGAAGCGAGGUUGGCAUGACAGUAUUGCACACCAAUUGGAAGAUUACCUUCAGCUUCCUGAUGACUAUAACUCUCGCUCUUCAGAACCUGGAAAGAAACGGGUGAGAUGGGCAGAUUUGGAAGAAGAGAAGGAUGCUGAGCGCAAACGAGCCAUAGGAUUUGUGGUUGGACAGACAGACUGGGAGAAAAUUACAGAUGAAAAAGGCGAAUUAGCACAGCGAGCAUUGAACCGCACUAAAUAUUUCUAAGGAAACGUUUGAAUUGUUUUUUUUACAAUGAGGCUCCGCAGUAACAGUGGAGAAUAAGGGCAAGAGAUCUUUCGUAAUGGUUGGGCAGACAAGAAAUUUCACAACUUUUGAGUUUUUUGUUUUACUGUUACACUGAAUGUACGAGCACUAGACUAUUGGUGGUUGACUUAUCUUAUUAGCAGCCUGUGAGAAUUUUUUAAGAAGUUAAUCGAUAGUGUCAUUAAAAUCUAAGUUGAAACCACACUAAUUGUAAUCCAGUGUGUCCUGAGCCUGCUAUCAUGGCUUUGCUUCAUCAGCUCGUUUUUUUUUUAUAUAUUGUAUUAAUGUAUUGUUCCUUGCUCUGUCCAUACUAAUUGUAAUUUUAAGGAGCAAUAAAGUUAACUUGAAACCAUGGAA